CUCCACUCCGCCUCUUCCCUUCUUCGCCGCCGGAAGGAAGAGCAGGCGCGUGGCCUCUGGUCCCUCGUGCACAUCUUGCAGCCAAAGAACAAGGAAGAUGUCUCAAGGCAUAGGACCAUGGCAUUCACAAAAGAUAUAUGCAAGAUACUGGAAGCAUUACAACCAAGCCAUGGACUGGAUGUACAGGCACAGAAACGCUUACAACAAAGCCGUGGAGUUCCUGUAUAAUCAAUCAUUUUGUCCUCCGGCAGAUCUUCCUUCUAGCCGUUACCCAGGUUGGGAAGAAGGGAAGCACUUGCACAAGGGGGCCUUCACGCAAAACCGUCAAACCUGGUACCAUCCAAGAUCUCGGCAAACCCCUUAUAAUACCAAAAGAAGACAAACAGUGGAAAAGGUCUUGGAGUCUGACACAGAAUCUGAAAGUGAAGGGGAUGUAGGGUAUGAUCUGAGCAACAUGGAAAUCACAGAAGAGCUCCGGCAGUAUUUUGAGCAGACUGAAAGGCACAGAGAAGAACUGCGAAAACAGCAGCAGCUGGAAGCAGAACACCAUGACAUGUAUGUUGAAGCUGACCACGAUCUUCACCUGUCCACAGGCCGAUCUACCCAGCCUCCUGCUGAGAAGGCCGGCGAGAGGAGAACAGCUGAAAUGAGAAAACUCUAUGGCAUGGGAGCCAAUAAAAUCCAAGCCAUGGAGACCACCAUGCAACUCAGCUUUGAUAGAAACUGUGAUAAAAAGCAGCCCAAGUACUGGCCCAUUAUUCCCCUGAAACUCUGAGCUGUGUGUCUUUCUCUGUCCCUUUUAGGAGACUCAGAGCUGCAUAUCUGAAUGCUCCACCAAGCAGAAGGAUUUAGGUGAAUGAAUGAAGAGUCAGCAAAAAAGCUCUCCAUUUAUUUUCCUUUCCUCUUUCCAACUCCUCUGAAUGGCUUUGCCAAUUUCCAGAGUCCAUUCCAGCUCAACAGGAAGAGUAGAAUUGGUCAUUUGUACUGCAGGGGAUAAGGAAAAUUCUCUUUUUAAAGUAUAUCUCAACUAAUUUAAUUUUGGCAUGCCUUGCCCUUGCAGGAAAUGAAGUAGCAUUUGUUUUCAUUUUGUUAUGCUAGAGGAAAAAAAGGUUAAAAACUACUUAAACCUGAAAACUCAUUCACGUUAAAAGUGAUAUUGUAGCUUUUGUGCAUUACAGUAGUUUUGUCAUAAGUUUUAAAUGUAUAUACAUUUUUGCCACAGUUUAUUGAUACACGGAAGGCAGCUGACGUAGUUGGCUAGAGCAUUAUAUAUUCAGUUGCUGUAAUAUAGCUACUUGAGUUCCUCCUCAGACAUUCUAGUAGUAUAGGAAAUCUUCCCUCCAGACUGAAAUCUAGCCUGUAAGGUUUCAACUUAAAAGCAAAAAAUGAAUAAAUACCUUACUUUCUUUUUUUAA